AUGUUUGCGCUAGCACUGCGCACGAUUCAUCUGCAGCCGUUUUUCUCUGUGGUGAAGAGAGGUCUCCCUUUGGAGAUCAUAAUGGACGGUGCCAGCGGGGACGAGUUUACCCCGAGUGUUGCUUUGAGCAGCCCAGGCUCUCCUGGGAAUCCGCCUACUCCACCGGCUUUGGAGAGCCCCUCUUUCGAACUACCGGGGGUAGAGCCGCCGGGUGGGGGACCAUCGUCGCCGGUGGCGGUCUGCCCGUCGCCAGUGGUGACGGAAGCAGCGGAGGAGAGCGAUGGGGAGGAGAGUUGGGGCACCCAGUGGCCGAAUCCUUCGAAGCGCCUGCGCGCUGGGGGUCCUUCAGAGGUCGAGGGGCCUGUGCCACCGCGGGUUGGAAUCCCGGCGAAUAUCUCGCCGGGCUCUCUGAGCCCUCCUUUUGGUGCGGUUCAGAUGGAUGGCGUUGAGGCUGGAGGAUGGGAGCAUGCGGAAACGCUGGGCCUUGCAAAGGUCUCGGUCGACUCUACCGAGCCUAUUCCGUUGCUCUCGCACUUGGCAGGGAUUCCAGCGAACAUGGAAGAUGCCUACGAUGCCCCAUCCCUGGCGUUCUGUGCGCCAGGACACGCCUUGAGAGCACUUUGCUCUCCGGCGGCGACGAUGCUUGGUCCGAUAGGCCUGCCCGACCUAGAGCAUCCAGCUGCUUGGCUACCAGCCACUCCGGUGAUUCCUGUGACAGCGGCCUAUCCGGAGGAGCCAGUGAGGGCUUCGAGGCCGAAGAUGGUGGAAUCGGAAGCCCAAUGUAUCAUUGGGCAGCAGGAAUGGGAGGUUUGGUUGGGACGUUGCCUAGAGGGCAAGAGCCUGGCAGAGUACGGGCUUCAUAUGGUAGAUGUGGAGUUCGCUGUCAGGGUUACCGAACUUCUGGAGGCUCCACGGGCCGCUCGGGCAGCGUGGAAGCGAAGGUUUCAGGAACCCAACCCUGUGUCUAUGCUCCACUAUAUCUUCCAUUGUCGAGCCGUUUUGCAAACCUAUUUGGCUACGCCUGCUGGAUACAAGGGACUGGUGGGAGGACGUUCGAGUCUGCUCGUAAAGGUGCCCCAGUCGGUCACCUCGCUCGAGCUCAAAACGGCUUGGGCGUUCCUAGAUUCGGGCAUAUAUCUCCGUGUUGCCCGAUAUUACAGGCGAAAACGAGAGGAGGAGCGGCUCCACGAGGCCCGGGAAUCCAUGCGAGCGGCAAGGGCCAAAUCGGCAGCGAUCCCUCAGGGCGGUGUAGUGGACACCACCUCUUCGAGCUCCGACGAGGAGUCCUUGCUCCUUGGAGAAGGGGAACUUACUGCGCUGAACAGGGCCCAGGGCCAAGAAGAUUUAUCCGACCUCGCCAUAUGGCGCACAUUGGAAGAACUUACAGGCCAGAGGUUGUCCCAAUUGGAUGGCUAUGUUGGGGCGGCCGACGAGGGAAAUCAGCCCGCCGAGGCGGGACAGCCGGCGCCGCCGAGCCCUGCUUCCUCAAUGCCACCUGGAGAACUGGUGGCUACGGCAUUCAACCUCCCGAGGGUCUCGGCACCUACGCUUCCGGAGGGAAUGCAGAGGGAGGACUAUCGAAGGCACGGCGUGAACAUCCCGCCGUCGGUUCCAAAAAGAUCUCGGCUACCAACGCCUCCGAGGGCUAUGAGUGCGGCUGCGAGUGGUUCUGCCACCGGACAGACUGCCCAGGAACGGGCAUUUGUGCUCAGCCCGCCAUCUUUAAGCCACAGUCAAUUGACUGCGCAGGUGAGGCAAGCCCUCGAAGAGGGCCAGAGAUUGUUGGAGUGA